AUGUUCGGCUGGACCGUUGAAGAGUGGAAAAAUUUCCAUUUCGCUGCUACGCCUGAUGAUUCGCUUCGAACUUUGCAUGAACUUUUGAAAUCCCAAUCCGCCGCUCCUGAAGAUCCCGCUUGGAUCUCGUUGGUUUCUGAAGCUGAUUUAGACCACCAGUGGAGCUUCCUUCAGUCUCAUUCAAAGAAACACCUUCUUCCGUUGUAUGGUGUGCCUGUGGCUGUUAAGGAUAAUAUCGAUACAAAGCUUUUACCUACUACUGCUGCAUGCCCGUCGUUUGCUUACCAACCAAAAGAAGAUGCUACUACGGUGCAGCUUUUGCGUAGUGCUGGUGCUAUAGUUAUUGGUAAGACUAACUUGGACCAGUUUGCUACCGGUCUUGUGGGUACGCGUUCUCCAUAUGGCAUUACUCCUAAUACUUUCAAUAAGGAGUACGUUUCUGGAGGCUCUUCUGCUGGAUCUGCUUCAGUUGUUGCCAGAGGUAUUGUUCCUAUUGCUUUGGGCACAGAUACUGCUGGUUCUGGCCGUGUACCAGCUGCAUUGAACAACUUGGUUGGGUUGAAACCUACCAAAGGUGUUUUCUCAGCUCAUGGUGUUGUCCCAGCAUGUAAGUCUUUGGACUGUGUUUCUGUGUUUGCCAUGAACUUGCAAGACGCACAGCUUGCGUUCAAUAUCUUGGCCCAGGAAGAUCCAUUGAAGGAUGCUUACUCUAGACCUAUGCCACAGAACCCUAGGUUGACAUUUGGCGCUGCUCCAAAGGUCGGGGUGCCUACGAAAUUGGUCUGGUGUGGUGAAGAAGAGAACCCUAAGCUUUACGGAAAGGCUGUUUCUACUUUGGAAAAGGCUGGUUCUGCUUUGUCGCCAGUCGAUAUCCAGCCGUUGCUUGACUUAGCUAAAUACUUAUACGAGGGUGCCUGGGUUGCUGAAAGGUACUGGGCUACAAAAGACUUUCUUGCUACCAACCCUCCAGAGAAGGAUUUGGAUCCUACUGUUACUGCUAUUAUUAAAGGCGGUGAGCAUGUUUCUGCCAGUACUGCUUUUGAGUACGAGUAUAAAAGACAAGCUGUGGUACAGAAGAUUACACCUAUUUUCGAAGAAUUAGAUGUGGUUGUUGUUCCUACAGCUCCAUUGACGCCGAAGAUUGCUGACGUUCAGGCAGAGCCUAUCAAAAUCAAUUCCUGCCAAGGUACAUACACUAACUUUGUCAACCUUGCUGACUUGAGUGCCCUUUCUGUGCCAGCAGGUUUCAGAACCAGCGACGGUGUGCCUUUUGGCGUUACAUUCCUUUCCCAGAAAUUCAACGACUAUGCUCUUUUGGACUUUGCCGCUAGGUAUAUGAAAGUGUACUCCACUGAGGUUCCUAGAUUCUACGGUUGCCUUAAAGAGAAACAAGAAAAGACUGCCACUGUUCAUGACUUGCUUCAUCACCGUUGUGAACUCCCCAGCAAGGUUUUAAAGAACACUAUUAAAUUGGCCGUUGUGGGAGCCCAUUUGAAAGGGUUCCAAUUGCAUUGGCAGUUACAGAAAGUCAAGGCUUCCUUUGUUGAACUGACCACCACUUCUGAAUCAUACAAACUCUAUGCAUUGCCUAAAACAGGACCAGUUGCCAAACCUGGAUUAAGAAGAGUUUCUAAGAAGGGUAAGAAGAUUGCCAUUGAGGUUUACGAAGUUCCCGCUGAGACGUUUGGCCAGUUUAUUGCAUUUGUGCCUGAACCAUUGGGCAUUGGAUCUGUGGAGCUAGCAUCUGGCGAAUGGAUCAAAUCUUUCAUUUGUGAAGAGUCUGGUUACUUAGCUCAGGGCACUACAGACAUUACAGAGUUUGGUGGCUGGAAGAACUACCAUACCCAUUUGGACGCUGAGGCCAAGAAGACCCAAAGACCAUUCAGGUCUGUGCUUGUUGCCAACAGAGGAGAAAUUGCCGUCAGAAUUAUGAAGACAUUAAAACGCAUGAAAAUCAAAGCUAUUGCCGUUUACUCUGACCCAGAUAAGUACGCUGAACAUGUGGUUAUGGCAGACCAGGCCAUUCCUCUCCAUGGUGUUUCUGCUGCUGAGACUUAUAUUCAUAUGGACAAGAUCUUUGCUGCUGCUAAAGAAAGCGGUGCCGAAGCUAUCAUUCCAGGCUACGGUUUCUUGUCUGAAAAUGCUGAGUUUGCUGAUAGAUGUGGUAAAGAAGGUAUUGUCUUUGUUGGACCUUCUGGAGACGCUAUCAGAAAGCUUGGUCUUAAACACUCAGCCAGAGAAAUUGCCCAGAAAGCUGGUGUUCCAUUGGUUCCAGGUUCUGGUUUGGUUACUGAUGCCAAAGAAGCUCGUGCUGUUGCAGCCCAAUUGGAGUACCCUGUGAUGGUGAAGUCUACCGCAGGCGGUGGUGGUAUCGGAUUACAAAAGGUUGACUCUGAAGAGGAUAUUGAAAGAGUGUUCCAGACUGUGCAGCAUCAAGGAAAGUCGUAUUUUGGCGACUCUGGUGUUUUCCUUGAAAGGUUUGUGGAGAACGCUAGACAUGUGGAGAUUCAGAUGAUGGGUGAUGGUUAUGGUAAAGCACUUGCCAUUGGCGAAAGAGACUGUUCUUUACAAAGAAGAAACCAGAAGAUUAUUGAAGAAACGCCUGCUCCAAACUUACCUGAAGCUACUAGACAGCGUAUGAGAAAAGCAGCCGAGUCCUUGGGCUCUCUUUUGAACUAUAAGUGUGCUGGUACUGUUGAAUACAUUUAUGACGAAAAGAGAGACGAGUUUUAUUUCUUGGAAGUCAAUGCCCGUUUACAGGUGGAGCACCCAAUCACAGAAAUGGUUACUGGUUUGGAUUUGGUCGAGUGGAUGUUGUUGAUUGCUGCUGAUACUCCACCAGACUUCUCUCAGCGUAUUGAAGUCAAGGGUGCUUCCAUGGAAGCCAGACUCUACGCUGAGAAUCCAGUUAAAGGGUUCAUGCCUUCUCCAGGUCAAUUAACCGAAGUAAAGUUUCCUUCGUUUGCUCGUAUUGACGGUUGGGUGCAAAAGGGUACUGUUGUUUCUGGAGAAUACGAUCCUACCUUGGCAAAGAUUAUUGUUCACGGUGAAGACAGAGAUGAAGCAUUGCAGAAGUUGCGUUGGGCUUUGAACGAGACAUCUGUUUCUGGGUGUAUCACCAACAUCGACUACUUACGUUCCAUUGCCAACUCCCAGAUGUUUGAAACUGCUAAGGUUGCAACUAAAGUACUUGAUUCCUACGACUACUGUCCAACAGCUCUUGAAAUCCUUGCUCCAGGUGCUUACACUACAGUUCAAGACUUUCCUGGUAGAAAGGGUUACUGGCACAUCGGUGUUCCUCCUUCUGGAUGCAUGGACGAGUACGCUUUCCGUAUGGCUAAUCGUGCUGUUGGUAACGAUGCUGCUGCUCCUGGCUUGGAAAUGACGCUUAGUGGUCCUCGUAUUUUAUUCCACCAUAGUGCUAUUGUUGCAGUUACUGGUGGUGAUGUUGAGGUUACUGUUAACAAGCAACCAGUGGACCAAUGGAAACCUUUGGAACUUAUGAAAGGUGAUAUUUUGGGUAUUGGCAAAUUGAAUGCUGGCUGCAGAGCUUACUUGGCUAUUCGUGGUGGUAUUGACGUCAACGAGUACUUAGGCUCCCGUUCUACGUUUGCUUUGGGCAACUUGGGUGGCUAUAACGGUCGUACUUUACGCCUUGGUGAUGUUUUGUUCUUGGGCCAGCCUGAGUUGCCUAGCUGCUCUUUGCCUAUGCCAGCUAGUGCUCCUACUGAUAUUCCAAAGUCUUUGGUGCCUUCUUAUAAAUUUGAUAAGGAUACUCCAUGGACUGUGGGUGUCACUUGUGGUCCACACGGCUCUCCUGACUUCUUUACCCAGGAAGCUGUCCAGGAAUUCUUUUUUAGUGAAUGGAAGGUCCACUACAACUCCAACAGAUUCGGUGUCAGACUUAUUGGACCAAAACCUAAGUGGGCUAGAAAAGACGGUGGAGAGGCUGGUUUGCACCCAUCCAACGCCCAUGACUAUGUUUAUUCACUUGGUGCUAUUAACUUUACUGGUGACGAGCCGGUGAUUUUAACCUGUGACGGUCCAUCUCUUGGUGGUUUCGUUUGUGAAGCUGUGGUUGCAGAAGCUGAAAUGUGGAAGAUUGGUCAAGUCAAGCCAGGCGACCUGAUUAAGUUUGUCCCUCUUUCUUACGAUACUGCUAAGGAAUUGAAGAAGGCUCAGGAUAAGGUUGUGGAGACUUUGCAAGGAGAAGUUCCUUCGUUCACCAAUAAACAGCUUUCUGGCCCUGAAGACCCAGUGUUGGCUUGCAUUCCAGCUAACAGCUCGUGCCCUAAGAUCGUCUACCGUCAAGCUGGUGAUAGGUACAUUUUGGUGGAGUAUGGUGAGAACAACAUGGACUUCAAUUUGGCCUACAGAAUCCAUAAGUUGAUUGAAAUGGUCGGUGAACUUGGCGUCAAGGGAAUUGUUGAAAUGUCCAGAGGUGUUAGGUCUGUUUUGAUUGAGUACAGUGAAAUAAUCAGCCAGAACGAUUUGGUCAGAACGUUGCUUUCGCUUGAAAAGGAGAUUGUGUUCACUAACAAAUGGAAGGUUCCUUCUAGAGUGAUCAAGUUGCCUAUGGCUUUCGAGGAUAAGAAGACGUUGGAUGCUGUCAAGAGAUACUCAGAGACUAUCAGAUCUGAAGCACCUUGGUUACCUAACAACGUUGACUUCAUUGCCAACAUCAACGGCAUCGAAAGGUCUUCAGUCAGGGAUAUGUUGUACACUGCCAGAUACAUGGUUUUGGGACUUGGUGAUGUCUUCUUGGGAGCUCCAUGUGCUGUUCCUUUAGAUCCAAGGCACAGGUUGUUGGGUACCAAAUAUAACCCAUCCAGAACUCAUACUCCAAACGGAUGUGUGGGUAUUGGUGGUUCUUACAUGUGUAUCUACACCAUGGACUCUCCAGGCGGAUACCAGUUAGUUGGAAGGACUGUUCCUAUUUGGGAUAAGUUGACUCUUGGAGCACAUUCCGCUAAACCAUGGUUGUUGAACCCUUUUGACCAGGUUGAGUUUUACCCUGUUUCUGAAGAAGAGAUUGAUAGUUUGACAGAGGAAAUGUCUGCUGGUAAGUUCCCAGUGGAGAUCAUUGACUCUGUGUUCGACCAUGAACAGUACUUAAGAUGGAUCCAGGAGAACACUGACUCCAUUGACGCUUUCCACAAGACUCAAGGCGGGGAGAAGAUGGAAGAGUUCAGCAGAUUGAUCCAGGUUUCUAACGCUGAGCUUGAAUCUGGUAAAGGUGGUCCUCAAUUGAGCGAAGAGGAUAAGUUUGACGAGAACGCAGAAAUGGUCCAUUCAGAGUACUCGGGCCGGUUCUGGAAAUCGCUAGUUGCCGUUGGCGAUCAGGUCAAGAAAGGCCAGGCUCUUAUUGUGGUCGAAGCCAUGAAGACAGAAAUGAUGGUUUUGGCUACCAGAGGAGGCAAGGUCGUUAAGAUAAUGCACAAGAACGGUGAUAUGGUUGACGCCGGUGACCUUGUGGUUGUCAUUGAGUAA